AUGAAAAAGGAAGAAACAGGUGAAGUUAAGGUUAGAGUGGGGAUUGAACGCCUAUGGGGGGCUCUCGUCAACGAUCUGAGCUCUCUUCUUCCGGUGCUCAUCCCAAAUUUAGUGACGGAGGGCGAGAUGCUGCAGGGCGAUGGCGGCCUUGGCACUGUUUAUCACUUCAAAUUUGGCCCCGGUGUGCCAAAUAUGAGGUACCAGAAGGAGGAAGUAGUGGAACUUGAUGAGAGCGUGCAUCGGAUUGGGCUGCAAGUGAUCGAGGGGGGUCGCCUCGGUCUUGGCUUCACCUACUACAAGAACAGUUUCCAGCUGACCGCGACGGGAGAUUCUGAGACUCGAGUUGAUGCGACGGUGGAUUACGAAACUGAGCUCCAAGAAACAAAUGUGCCUGCGGGCGAAUCGGUAAAGUCUGGAAUUGCUUUCAUUCAGGAACUUGAAACUUUUCUGCUCAACCAACAACCAUCAAAUCACUCACUGUGA